AUGGCUUCCAGUACUGUCGCAAAAACGUCUGCUCUUCGCUUCGCGGAUUUGGGUGUGCUACCAAAAAGAAUGCUAGCUCCGAUCGAAGGCUAUGAGAAUGAGCCACUUGUAUCACUCGAAGAUGCAGUGAAACCACUUGUUGACAUCGUACCAAAAGUCCAACGUAACGUAUGUAUUGUCAAGCAGAACUGUCAGGAACCAGAAGACGGCUUAACAAGUGAUGAGUCUGCUUCAAUUAUGCUAUAUACCUACGAAUCUACGCCACAAGAACACUCUCUCUACGUUAUUCUCAACACCGCCUUACGUUCUGAACAAAGACAAAGACUAGUUCCUUGGUUCCGCUACUUACGACUCGUAUUGACAGCAUUAGCUCGUCUUCCGUCUAAACAUUGUUUUAUUAAUCGAGGCGUCAGAGAAGACUUACGGGCACAAUAUCCGACAGGUGAAACUAUUAUCUGGUGGGGAUUUGCCUCUUGCACAUCAUCUAUCGAAGUACUUAAAUGCGAAAGUUUUUUUGGAAAAACUGGUACUAGAACUCUGUUUCAAAUAGAGUGUCAGACGGCCAAAGAUAUUAAAAAUCAUUCAUUCUUUCAACACGAAGACGAAAUUCUUUUAUUACCAGCCAGACAGUUUUUAAUUAAAGGAUGUCUCGAGUUUGACGAUGGCCUUCAUAUGAUACAACUGGAAGAAACAGAACCAGCCUAUCCUCUUCUUGAACCUGUCUCCGUACCAAAAUUACCAGUUCAAACACCAUCUACAGGUCAGUAUUGA